GGAAAACCCCGCGGCGGCCGCUUUGGGCACGAGCCGGAGAGUUCGCGAUUCUUCUGUUCCCGAAUCCGCCCGCUCCCGCGCCUCCCACCGCGCUCAGCAGCGCCGCCACCAGCCUGCGGGAACGCACUGCAGCCUCCCCCCCCCACCUCCUCCUCCUCCUUUCUUCCGACUCUCAAUGUUCGGCAGCCGGCCGGAGCCUGCUCGUUUCCCCGGCUCUGCGUUCCCAGGAUCUCCCGGCGGCAGCGGCACACACAGCGGCGUGAGGAGAGCAGGGACCGGCGCGCCCGGAAGAUUGCAUCCAGAAGAAACAGAAUCCAUCAAGAUGUCUAGUGAUAGACAGCGCUCAGAUGAUGAAAGCCCUAGUACCAGUAGUGGAAGUUCAGAUGCUGACCAGCGAGACCCACCAGCACCAGAACCUGAAGAGCAAGAAGAAAGAAAACCCUCGGCGGUCCAACAAAAGAAAAAUACCAAACUGUCCAGUAAAACCACUGCUAAGCUGUCCACUAGUGCUAAAAGGAUUCAGAAGGAGUUGGCUGAAAUAACCCUUGAUCCUCCUCCGAACUGCAGCGCUGGACCAAAGGGGGACAAUAUUUAUGAAUGGAGAUCUACGAUUCUUGGACCUCCAGGAUCAGUAUAUGAGGGGGGUGUAUUUUUCUUGGAUAUCACAUUUUCAUCUGAUUAUCCCUUUAAGCCACCAAAGGUCACUUUUCGCACCAGAAUCUAUCACUGUAAUAUUAACAGCCAGGGAGUAAUCUGCUUGGAUAUUCUGAAAGAUAACUGGAGUCCAGCAUUGACUAUAUCAAAAGUUUUGCUAUCUAUUUGUUCCCUCUUGACAGACUGCAAUCCCGCUGAUCCACUGGUCGGAAGCAUAGCCACUCAGUACCUGACCAACAGAGCCGAGCAUGACAGGAUAGCGAGACAGUGGACCAAGAGAUAUGCUACAUAAACUGUACAGUGAAAAGCACAAGGCAUCUGUACAAUGUGCAACAAAUCUUUAUAGCCUUUACAAUACGGACUUCUGUGUAUAUGUUAUACUGAUUCUACUCUCUGCUUUUAUCCUAUGAAGACUGGUAUACUGCCCCAAAAGGUAAAUACUAAGAAGAGUAGAACUUUGUAGCUGUAGAUUAGUAAUGUUAAAAUGCCUACUUGCAAGUCUUGCUUCUUUGGGAUAUCAAAAUGUAUUUUGUGAUGUACUAAGAAUACUGUUCCAAACCAAAUAUUAUAGUGCAUUUUAGCCUAAUUCAUUAUCUGUAUGAGGUUAUUAAAGUUAGCAGUAGAUUACUAGAAAUUGUCAUUUGUAUUAAACCCAGAAAUAUUUCCAAUUAUGUGGUAGACACUGUUGUGAAAACUGUUUUACCUUUUGUCAGUUUGAACUGAAAAGAUUUCCUUUAUUCCUUUGUAGCUCAGAGAGCACCCAAAUGUAUUAUCCCAAACACACAAUAAACAUGUUCCCUAAGGUGUA